CUGCCAAUCUGUCUGCCUCUCUAUCUCGAUUUGGGAAACCCCACUUGUUUUAGAAAUAAAGUAUAGUGUCAGUGUCAGGGCAGACUCUCUGCAAAGUCUGAAAAUAGUUAAGGAAGUUCUCCCACACAGAGGUGAUGUAAGGCGAGAGAGAUGAGAAAGACAUGACAGCAGAGCUACUGAAAAACGUGCCAAACUUGAGAGAUGUAGGGGAUUUCUGCCAUGAGGUGAUUCUGGUCCCACUCUGUAUAAAUAAGGAGGUGCUAGUCACUCACCCAGCACUGGAGUCCUCUCUCCUCUCCUCAGCUCCGUCUCUCUGGGUGAAACCUCUCCUGCUAGAAUGAGGACUCUGUCUGCUCUGCUGAUGGUGCUGCUGCUCUGCUCUGUCCAGCAGGUCUACAGUGGUAAUCAAGGCGCCAACACCCCAGCAGAGUGCUGUUAUGGGUUUGUGAGAGUAGAGAUCCCCCUAAAGCGCAUCGCAUCCUACAGAUGGACCAGCAGCAACUGCCCUCAAAAAGCUAUUAUCUUCCGCACGGUCAUUGGAAAGCAGUGGUGUGCGAAUCCUGAAGCCUCCUGGGUUAAAGAACACAUGAAGAAGCUACAAUCCUGAAGCUGACCAAACUGACCACAGGAAGACGAACGUCCAUAUACAUGUACCAUGUACAUAUCUACAUAUCACUGUGUGAAAACAGUGUAAUAUAUUUGAAAAUGAUCUAUUAUAAUAUAUAAUAUCUAAUCUAAUAUAUUUGAAAUAUUGUAUCAUGUAUAUUUCUCUUCUUUCAUUAAACAUUCUUUUCCCGUCAAA